AUGGCCACGUCGGAAAACAAUACAACAUCUGCAGGAAAUGUGACCAACAAUUUUGAAAUACCAGGCACCAUUCUAAAACAGAGUGUUCCAGUCAUCGUCAUUUUGGUCAUAUCAUACUUCGUAGUCUUCCUGUUGUGCGUGGUAGGCAACAGUUUGGUUUGCUUUGUUGUGGCGAAGAUUCCUCGGAUGCGAACAGUGACAAAUUACUUCAUCCUGAACCUGGCGGCGAGCGACAUCCUGGUAGCCAUCUUCUGCAUGCCGUUUACACUCGUGGACAACAUCAUAAUCGGAUGGCCCUUCGGCAACGUGAUGUGUAAGCUGACGGCGGCGGUGCAGGUCGUGUCUGUCCUGGCCUCAGUCUUCACGCUUGUGGCAAUCGCAGUAGACAGGUAUUAUGCCAUUGUGUACCCAACAACGCACACGUUCACAGGCAAAGUUACACUGUACGUCACCGCUGGAGUCUGGAUGCUGUCUAUCCUGCUCAUGAUCCCACAGGUGCUGUUGAUUCGAGAAAACGCUUGGGUGGAGAAUGGCCAAGUCAUCUUGACUCUGUGCCAGGAAACGUCAGCCUUCUGGCGGAAGAUCUACACCACUCUUCUGUUCAUCUGCUGCUUCAUCAUCCCCCUAACGGUCAUCAUGUACCUGUACGCUCGGAUAGGAUUAGCCGUCUGGUUCAAACCGACGCCCGGAGGAGACAAGGCAACCGAGGAGGCCAAAGCCGUUUCUCUGCAGAGGAAGUUGAAGGUUAUUAAGAUGCUGCUCACGGUCGUGGUGCUCUUCGCGCUGUCGUGGCUCCCGAUCCAUGUCAUCACCAUGAUCAACGAUUACGGAUCACUGUUGCCCGAUCAGCAAGACAUCCUCUGGAUAUACGUGUAUCCAGCAUGUCAUUGGCUGAUCUAUUUCAACAGCGCCAUCAACCCGAUCAUCUACGGCUUUUUCAAUCAGAACUUUCGAGCAGCCUUCCGGACUCUGAUGAUGAUGAAGGGAUUAAAUGUGUCUGCUUUCCAGAGUAGAAUGGUGAGUCAGGGAACAGUUAUCAGGCGUUCAACUCGCAAAAGGCCUCUGAAAUCAGCGGUGAAAGCUGGCAAUGAAGUCCCACCGGCAGCCGUCUGA